AUGACAAUGAUGGUUUUGAAAGAACUCAUAGAGGCAGAAAUGAAAAAACAAGACGAAGACCAUAUCCCAAAGCAUAUCAGAGCUUUUCAUCGACAAGAAAUAGAAGAAUGGGAGCAAGACCAAACUACUUUCGUAAAAACCAGAGCAACACGUCACAUUCUCGGAUAUUUAUUCUCAAAUAACUCUAUUGUUGUCACUGGGAGCUCAGGUUGUGGUAAAUCUUCAAACAUACAUCAUGCUGCCUUACACUUACGUGACAGUUUUAGAUAUGAGAUAAUACCUGUUUUAACAGGACCAACAGACAUAAUAAAUUACUAUAAUGAAAAUAAAAAACAAGUGUUUAUUGUUGAUGACAUCUGUGGAAAGGAAACAAUCAACAUGCAGACAUUACAAAUGUGGCUCGAUUAUUCAGAAGAAAUGGAGAAAAUUUUUAGAAUUGCAGGAAAAAGUAUUGAGAAUAAAACUGAUGACAAUGUUUCAAUGAUAUCAGGUCCAAAAUUAAUGGUUUCCUGUAAACUACACGUAUAUAAAGAAUCACAAUUGCAAUUUUUAACAUUACUAUCAAGAAAUGAAUGCAAUAUAUUAUCGAAAGAUUUGUGUCUACUACAAGAUGAAAGAAUACUUAUGGCACGUAUGUACAUUACAGAUGACAUGACUAGUAAAUUGAAUGUUAUAAAAGUCAUGGAGGAAGUCGAUUUCUUUCCGUUGCUUUGUAAGUUGGCAAAAAACAAAUCAUCUGAAGAAGUAAUCAAACUAUUUACAGCUCCAGUGGAUUGCAUUACACAGAAUAUUAAUCACAUUGUUCUAAAAAAUAAGGAACAAUUUUGUGCCCUUGUUCUUUGUAUCUUAUUCGACAAUGGAUUCGACACAGAUUGGCUGAAAUUAAAAUCCGCCCAAAUGAAUGAUAAAAAACUUUUAGAAAUUGUUAAAGCCUUUAACAAAGACUUAAGCAAUGAAAUGUCAAGAAAUGCUCUAGAAAUAGGUUUCAAUACAUUAAGUGGUACAUAUUUAAAACAAAGAGGUACAGAGUAUAGAAUGAUACAUGACAAAGUUCAUGAUAUGGCAGCUGUAGUAUGUGGACAGCACCUUAUAGAAUGUUUCAUCAAAUAUUCUCCUUCUGUUUUUAUAAGAGAUCAUUUCAUCUUAGAAUCCCUUACGGGAGUUGUAAGAAAUACAAAUUUAAUUGUAAUAUUAAAAGACCAAGAAGAAAAUUAUUUUGACAGACUGUUAUGUGACUUAAAAUGUAAUGUCGUUACAAGUACAUUCCAUAAUAAACAGCUAGAAUAUCAGUUAUUUAUGGAUAAGUUACUAAGCUUUUUUGGAAGGAGUGAUGAUGCAAAAACUGUACUUAAGGAUCUUGAUACAAAAGGUUGCAUUACACAAAAUGAUGUUGAUCAACUCGAAUAUCCGUCUUACUCACACCUUGAAACAACACCUUUAAUAGAAUCAGCAACAAGGGGUUACAUUGAUAUUGUUCACUUUCUGGUUAAUACUGUUAGGUGUAAUGUGAAUAAAACAGAUGGAUUAGGCCAGUCCCCUUUAUAUAGGUCAUCUAAAAGAGGACAUUCAGAUAUGGUUAAACUGUUAAUAGAAAUCAAUGCUGAUGUCAUUCAGUUUAAUGAUCAUAAAGAGUCCCCGUUGGAUGCUGCCUGUAAAGGAGGAUAUACAGAUGUAGUUAAACUGUUAAUGCAGAACAAUACUAAUGUGUCUUGGUGUAAUGAUUAUCAAGAGUCUCCAUUGUAUAUUGCUUGUGAAAGAGGACAUACAGAUAUAGUAGAACUGUUACUUCAGAACAAUGCUUGUGUCUCUAAGUGUAAUUUUGAAGAAGAGUCUCCAUUGUUUGUGGCCUGUGAAGGGGGACAUAUAGAUACAGUGGCACUGUUACUUAAGAACAAUGCUGAUGUCUCUCAGUGUAAUUUUCAAGAGGAAUCUCCAUUGUUUGUGGCCUGUAAUGGAGGACAUAAAUCAAUAGUGGCACUGUUACUGCAGAACUAUUCUUGUGUCUCUCAGUGUAAUUGUGCAGAUGAGUCUCCAUUGUUUGUGGCCUGUAAAGGGGGACAUACAGAUAUAGUGGCACUGUUACUUAAGAGUAAUGCUGAUGUCUCUCAGUGCAAUCGGUUUGAAGAGUCUCCAUUGUACGUGGCAUGUGCUGCUGGACAUACAGAUACAGUAGACGUUUUACUACACAACAAUGCGGAUGUCUCUCAGUGUAAUAAUUUUGAUAAGUCUCCACUGUUUGUGGCCUGUGAGGAGGGACAUACAGAUACAGUGGCAUUGUUACUUACGAGUAAUGCUGAUGUAUCUAAGUGCGAUCGGAUGGCAGAGUCUCCAUUGUACGUGGCCUGUGCCGCUGGACAUACAGAUACAGUAGAUAUUUUACUACACAAUAAUGCCGAUGUCUCUCAGUGUAAUAAGAUUGGUAAGUCUCCAAUGUUUGUGGCCUGUAAAGGAGGACAUACAAAUACAGUAAAGGUGUUACUUCAGAAUAAUGCUGAGGUCAAUCAGUGUGAUAAUCGUGUUGAGUCUUCAUUGUUUGUUGCGUGUGCAGGAGGACAUACAGAAACAGUUGAACUGUUACUUCAGAACAAUGCUGACCUCUCUCAGUGUGAUUAUAUAGGUAAUUCUCCAUUGUAUGUUGCCUGUGCAAACGGGCAUAAAGAUAUGGUAGAACUGUUUCUUAAGAAAAAUGCUGAUGUCUCCAAGUGUAACAAGGUGGGAGAGUCUCCUUUAUAUGUGGCAUGUAAAUUUAGAUGUAAAGAUACAGUAAAACUGUUACUGCAGAAUAAUGCUGAUGUCUCUCAGUGUGAACAACAAGAUGGAAAGUCACCUUUACAUGUGGCUUGUGAAUGUUGUUUACCUGACACACGUAUGCCACUAUACAGAUUUUGGGAUCCAAAUGUGAUUUGGUCCUGGCGAUAUAUCAGACAUGAUGAUCAUAAACUCGAAGAUACAUAUCAUGGUUACUAUGACAUUGUGAAACUAUUACUUGCAUGGAAUGCAGAUGUAAGAUUAUGUGAUAAGAAAGGUCAGACACCACUUGAGUAUGCCCGUAAAUCACAGACUAUGGAUAUCGUAAAACUUCUCGAAAACAAAAUCAUCGAAUACAAGCAUCAAAUUUCAAGUAAACAUUUUAUCAAUUAG